GAAUCCAAGGGCGGAAUCUAUCCCAGUUUCCUUUUUCGACACUUUCUAACCCACUUUCAUCGUGUCAGGGCGGGGACAACUAACUAUGUAAAACUCUAAAAAGCAACUAUUAGCGCUUUAAAGGCUUAUUCAUCCACCGACUUCGACGGACAAAACUUUAUGUUACUCCUCCUCUCUAAACAGUGUAAACAAAACUUCGCUCUUGCUCUAACAUCGUCCAGUUUGAUGUGAAAACCUCUUUUUUUUCCUAAAAUCCCUGAUCCCCGGUCAGUCGACUCCAGUAGGAUAAGCAAUACGAUCUGCUCCUAACUCCAUUUUCUAUUUUUGUGCUUCCUUGUGCUGCCAAGCUCCUGACGUAAUGCUCCGUGUUAAUUAUUAGCAUGUGGGAAGCGAUGCCGAGACUCUCCUCUGCUGCUGCUUCAACAAGAGCUGACUGACUGCGGGGAGAAAAACCUCGUCAAGAUGGCCAAACACACUGACCCAGAGUGAAGGGGCACCGCUCCGCCGUCCCGCGACCAGCACCCAUGCAACUGCGCCCUUAGAUGUAAGAUCUUCUCUGAGGAAAAUGCUAUCAAGAAUGAAACUGGACAGACUCCAUAUGCAGGAGUAAAGCUAAGGAACUCUCAGUAAGCUCAUAGUGACCAGACAGUUGGAGAGCUCCACCAUAACUUCAAACAGGGAUUCUCUGCCACCAUGCCAAAGAACCAAAAAUGAAUAUGCUCCACGUUGGUGCCCAAUAACAAUUAACAUCUCAAAGGCGUAUUCUCUGUCAAACUGUGAAAUAAAGAGGCAAGCAAGUGCAUUUUUGGAAACAUCUGCAAGGUGAGUCUCCAAUUAGCUGCAGAGUACACUCAUCGCUGAGGAAGGAGUCCAAAGGGUCUUAGUCAUCUCUCCCGCUUGCCACAAACCCGAAUUCCAAGUCCUGGUGCCUGCCCACCAGAUCAUGAUGUUUCGUGACCAAGUGGGAGUCCUCGCCGGCUGGUUUAAGGGGUGGAAUGAAUGCGAACAGACGGUGGCAUUACUGUCGCUCCUCAAGCGGGUCAGUCGAACCCAAGCGCGCUUCCUGCAGCUCUGUUUGGAGCAUUCCUUGGCGGACUGCACUGAUUUGCAUAUUCUGGAAAGGGAGGCCAAUAACCCAGUGGUAAUCAGUCAGUGGCAGAGUGAGCCAAAAGAGCGGGUCAUCUCUCUGGUUCUCACCCAUUUGCCUCUCCUUAAACCGGGCAAUGCAGAGGCCAAGGUGGAGUACAUGAGUCUUCUGCCUAAGAUCUUGGGGCACACUAUCGAACAUGGCCGCCACCUGGAGGAAAGCAGGCAGCUUCUCUCCUAUGCCCUCAUCCACCCCGCAACCUCCCUCGAAGACCGGGCAAACCUCGCCUUGUGGCUUAACCACCUUGAGGAACGGGCGGCUGCCCGAGCAGCUGGAGACUCCCUGGAACGAGCACCCUCAUCUCACCAUGGGCAACCUCUGCAUCUUUACCCCCAUCAUCAACGCUAUGGCUCAGAUGACCGCCUCAACGGCUGGCAGAGCUCAAGGGACUCUGGACUUGGAAGUUGGCAGCAGCAGCAACAGGGCUGCGAAAACGGGCACCUCUCUCUGUACCCAUCAUCUUCUGUGCCCUCUACGAUUAACGCUGUGGGUACAAGCAGUGGGACCAACACAAUUCUGCAGGGUGGGCAGCACAGUCCUCUGAGGCGUUCGGUGUCUCUGACUCCUCCGAUGAGCGGCGGAUCUAACCAGCCUCUGGGGCAAGGCUGGCUGUCUCAGGAGGACCUUCGUCCCCGCGGGCCGGCCCCCGACCACGCCCCUCUCUCUCCUCAGAGCAGCGUUGCGUCCUCGGGCAGCGGAGGCAGCGAGCACCUGGAGGAGCAUGCCGCUGUCCGUAGUACAUUCCAUGAGGAGGGCAGCGGAAUGAGAGAUGUCCCAGGGUGGCUGAAGAGUCUUCGUCUCCACAAGUAUGCUGCGCUCUUCUCCACCAUGACCUACGAUGAGAUGAUGUCACUGACAGAGCAGCAGCUGGAAGCGCAGCAAGUCACCAAAGGGGCACGGCACAAGAUCAUCAUCAGUAUACAGAAGCUGAAAGACAGGCAGAACAUGCUGCGCUGCUUAGAGAAGGACAUACUGGAUGGAGGGAAUCUUCGAGCCCCUUUACAGGAGCUCCACCAAUUAAUCCAGACCCCCAUUAAAUCGUGUAGCACAGAGGAGUUGUCACAGCGUCACCUGCUGAGUGCAGAGGGGAAGAGCAGCAUCGCCAGCUCCCACCUGGGCGGAGGAGAGACAGAAGGCAGCUCCACGGUCAUAGCCGAGGGAGACAUCCCUGCUCAGUUCACUCGUGUCAUGGGCAAAGUUUGCACACAGCUCCUCGUCUCCGGAUCAGAUGAGGAGAACAUUAGUUCCUACUUACAGCUGAUUGAUAAGACCCUAAUCCAUGAGGCCUUCACAGAGACACAGAAGAAGAGGUUGUUGUCAUGGAAACAACAGGUGCAGGUGCAGUUCCGGUCAAUUUCGCGUAAAACUCUCCUGGACUUAACAGGUCCCAGACGAAGUAGCCGUUACGGCCAAUCCAACUCCCUUCCUACCACGGGCUGCCUGGGCAGCGGCAUGCCCACCCGGAGGAACCUGAGGCAGUAUCAGAUGCGGAGUUUGCCUGGUGCAAGACUCAGCCUUUUGGGUACCACUGGCCUGUUCGGACCAACCCCCCGGAGCAGCAGCAGCACCCCUACUGGCCUGAAACAGGGGCGACAGGGUUUGUGGUUUGCCAACCCAGGGGGCAGUAAUAGCAUGCCUAGCCGCACCCACAGCUCAGUUCAGAGGACUCGAUCGCUACCGGUCCACACCAACCCACAAACCAUGGCCAUGUUCCAGCAAACAGAUUUACAGGUGCCUGUGACUGAGCCAGACAUCAAUAACCGUUUGGAGUCCCUAUGUCUCAGCAUGACCGAACACGCUCUUGGAGAUGGUGUUGACCGAACUUCAACUAUAUAAAAGCAGAGGGUGCACAGGGAGAUGGCAUACCCGGCUGCAAAGGAAAAGGUCAUCGCGAGGUCACAAGCCCCUCUGUCUUGGGGCAUGGAUUACACAGUGCCAAUCACCAUAUUCGAAAAGGCUUCACUCAAGCAAGUUCUGUCACCUUGACCACUUCAGCACGUUAACAUUUGAUUUUGAGAGAAUCACAUCUUUAACACAAAAUGUGGGACAUUUCAAACCUGCAGUUCCUUAGAAGAAUGCCACAAAGGGUCUGUGCAUCGACAGGCCAUUAAGAGCGGUCCGUCAGUAGCAGCACUUCCUGAGUGGUGGCUGUAUAGGACGUCAUGUCACAACAUAUCCAAAGCAACCAGCACACGAAACCAGCUAACAGACAUGUUGUUACAGAUAAGAUGUUUUCUGUUCAUUGCUCAGAGGUUUAAUGAAGUACCUCUGUGCAGAGUCUAAAAAUAUUACGUAAUAGUAUGUUGUUUACAUUUAAUACUGCCAAGGAUUGUCAAAAUCCGGGGACAGUGUACAGCUUUAGGAUCCUAAACGGCGUCAUAGUUUACAAAUGUGUUUUUGCCGUUUUGUUUUCAUAGUUUUAUUUUGUGCCAGCAGGAAAGCUGUUGCAACACAGUUAAGAGACAGAGCUAGAGCUACGGAUGGUACUCCAAAGAAAGAUAGAGAGGGAAUGUGAGAGAGAGCAGAGAAGAGAUGUGAUUGGAAGGGGAAAACAGGAAGUGAUGUAGUCGGUGGUGAUGUAAAGGGAGCUAGGAAUGUCGUAGAUGGAUUCUGACGUAAGGAGCAGGGGUCGAGGGAAAUCAGGAGGUCGCAGUUUGUCUCUAGUUUCAGCAGAUAUGAGCAGACAAGGGUUUUUUUUGUACAUUUGGGAGAAAUGCCAGCAAAUGCAAGUAGAUGUGUGUAGGUUGAAGAGCAGCAGGGAAACUUGUAGGUCAGAGAUGCGGAGGUCCAGAUGGAAUAUGCAAACAUAUUUUCAUUUUCAAUGCUGAUUUAGGAGGGAAAUCUGCAGAGUGUAGUAAACCCUUCUGUAUUGGAGAAAAUUCCAAACAGCUGUUUUGUUCGGGUCAAAAAAGACCCGGUAGAGAACAGUAGUAGAUAUAAAGCACCUUCCAUUUUGUUAUGAGCAUUAACAUUGCCAAAGGCUUGUUUUACACAAUUAACACAAGCUUUUUGAAAUAGCAUUUAAUCUGGAUGAGCACCACCUACUGAAUAUAUCAGAAGUGGUACAGUAGAUAUACUGUACUGUACAGUUCAAAUUGAGAAAAACAAGAUGAAAAUUAGAAUCUGUUUGAAACAAAGUAAAUAAAUGCCAUAGACUUCCACUAAAAUUGCCAUAGACUUCCAAAAUGAAUCUUUUAUACACAUACUUAUGGAUCAGGAUGUCAUAAUAACUUUGGGGUGGUCUCUUUUGACUUGCAUCCAAUUAGUAAUGCUCAAGCAACCACCUAACUAUUCCCUUGUUGUCACCCAAAACAUUGUGACAUCGCAUAAAUAUAAAGAAUUAUCAUAAAAAAUACAAAUAAAUUAAUCAACUGAUAUCAUGUAAUCAACAGACUUUAGCUUUUCACUUUUUUUAACUCUUAAACAGGUCAAUAGUGACCUAAACGUAACAGGAGGGUUAGAUAUGGUAAAAAUAAAAAGUAAAUGUAUGCAUUUGCCAGACAUUGUUAUACAAAGUGACUUGCAAUGUAUUCAAGUAGGCCUAUAUGUGUCCCCUGGGACUCAAACCCCCAACCUUAGCAUCGUCUAAUUGGCCAAAAUAUUUCAAAAUCCAACAUGCAAGUGUUGGGGUGCGUGUAGAACUCUGUGAAAUUCAGUGGAAAUGUUGUAGACACAGAUAUCCUGUGGGCCUUUACUGUUGAAUUUGUAUGCUAUCUGUAAAUGCAUAUCAGUUAGAGGGUAUGCUGAUAUUUUGUUUAAUCGAUUUUGCCAAUGUCCUAGGUUUCAUAUGGAAGUUUUUAACAGGUCUCUGUGUAGUACAUUAACAUAUUUAUUUGGGAUAUCUCAACACUUGUGGUACACUAUAUCAGCGGGACGUAGAUUGUCAAAUAUUUCUGUCGUACCGAAAUAUCCUUAAUAAACAGAGAUGAAAUUCACUGUAACAGAUUUGCAACACUAAUGCACCAGUUAUUAGUGCAGUGCGCCACCUGGCGGUGAAACUCUGCACAAUGCAGUGGCACGUCUUCUUAGAAAGUUACCAAUAAAUGAGACUAGAUUCUUUCUUUUUUUCAGUAUUGUCUUAAUAUCAGCCAUUAUUAGUUAAUCAUGCCAGGUAUAAAACUAGUUUGUUUACACUUUAGGCAGACAAUAUUGGACUCUUACAAGUGAAGAUCCGAUUUUCUGCAUGGAAAGGGUCUGAUUUUAAAUCUAGAAGGGUUUUUGCUAUAACUGUUUUAAUCUGGGACAUUAAAGUCCUUUUAUGAGGGUGUUAAGUGAUUGGUAUUGUAUCUUAUUAUUUUGAUUUUUCCUGUAAAAGCUUCGCUUUUCCUGCCCUUGGUGCUGUGAAUUUUUGCUAUAAACCAUCAAAAGUGAAUUUGCAAUAGCGUGCAAUAGACUUUCAUCGGCUAUGUUGUGUGAUGCGUAACUUGGGUGGAGGGGGUGCAUAAUUGGGCGUCUUACAAACAGGAACUGGACUGGCAACAUGGAACUGUGCACGCUGUGCAACUUUUUCAAGGAAAGCUAUUGGCAUAGUGAGCCCACGCCUCCAUUACCCCACAAUUCCCUCAAAAGAUACACUACACCACCACGCAGGAGGACUGUAAAACAUAGUUCUCGGAUGGAGGGAUACGCCAACACACCGACCCACACCUCAAGUUUUUGUACAUUUGGCUGAUCCAAAGAAACCAUGAUUUAACUGACAGAAUUGUUGUACUCCUGUGCGCAGGGUAAAGAGGCACUUUGACAUCCACUGAGUGGUGUUUUAUUUUAAGAAGAAUUUCAGGUGUUGAGGCAAGGAAAACAUACACGCAUACACUUACACGUUAAAAGCUGCCUUAAAGAAUGUCGCUGUCUCAUGCAUGCCACCCAAUGACACUGUUUUAAGUGCUAUGUUGACUAUGCAGUGUGUCAGUUAUGAUUGGUGCCUCCAAACUAGUGCAUGAUGCCUUAAACAGAAUGGUAGCAGGCGUUGCAUUACAAAGCAUGUUAGAGAACGGUUUGGCAUAGCUCUAAAACCAUUGUGUGGCAUCUUGUGUUUUUGUACAUUUGCAUCUCGUUUAGAGAUGUAUUUGUUUAUGUGUAUGAAAAGCCAAUCAUCACUGCCAUUUGAAUGAAAAAAAAGAAAUUGAGAUUCAAAUGAUUAUUUAUUCUUUUUCUAUUAUUGAUGUAGAGGUUAUUGUAUUCAUUUAGAUGUAUUAUUUAAGAUACAUGGGUAUUAACUUUGCUAUGGCUGGUAACCAUAAGUACAUCUCAAAUAACAACCUAGUUAUUUUUUUGACUUGUUUUUCCUAGUUUGCUUUAUUGUUAUGGGGAAAAAAAUGACCCGAUUGUCAAAAGACAAUAAUAAUAUUAUUAUUAUUUUUUUUUGCAAUUUACUUAUAAAUGUAGUUUGGCUAACCCCCUUUCUAGAUGGUGUAUUUUAAAGAGAGUGUUUUUUUUUUUUUUUACUUUGUCACAUCGUUGUAAACAAAGAGCCAGUUUUGUUUGCAUUGUUUUACAUGAUCUUGCUGUUUUUCUGUUGCUGUUUUGAAUUUCUGAAAGUUGACUUGUCUGAUCACCUCAACUGUUACAUUACAGUAAGUUAAAUGCCAAAUGCAUUGUAGAUAUUUACGAUGAAUGCCGCUUACUUGUGAUUGAAUAUUAAAAAAUUAUGAGUA